ACCGUUAAACAUUAGUUUAAAAUUACAUAAGCACGUAUUCGUGACAUUUAAAAUAUAAAUGUUGUGUCUUAAAAUAUUAACUAUUAUCAUAUGUCCACAAUAAUAUGUCCAUAAAAUGAAUGUUUAUGCAAACAUUAGGCCUAUUGACAGUAUCACAAUACGAUAAGCUAAUUCAAAAUGAGGUUCUUUUACAUAUUCAAUCACUUAUUUCUAAAGAAAGCUAUAAGAUAUUUGUUUGUCUGUCGAAGUCCCAUUCCUCGGUCAAGUUCAGUGCAUUGUACUCCUCCGGACACGAUGGACAGUUCUUAUUGGUAGGUGAGAUCCGUUACAUCACCAAGCUUAUGACGCGCCGUCUUCCUGUUUCCUUCAGCUGUGUCUUAAAGUGAAUCUUGUUGGUGGAGGAGAGCUCGAGCAUCAAAGCUCUGCUUUGCGUGCGCCUCCGCAAGCUGCUAUGACAUAAUCACCACGGUCUUUCAGUCUCGAGAGGAGAGGAUAGAGGAGAGCGGAGCAAAAGCUCUUUUAUAUAUAUUUUUUUAUAUUCUACGGUCGAGCUCAUCACUCACUUUACUCCUGCUCUUCCUUCCCUGAGAAAUUAUAAUAUUCAACGUUUCACUGGGAAGACUCCGUAGUCCGUAUUCUUUUUCAGCAGUAAAAAAGAGCUUGCCUUUCCCUUCAUCUGCGGGUGUCAUUCAGCAGUGGUCCUAGAGGAGUGGCUUUGUGGGAUAUGGCCCAAUAGCAGCAGCCCGUGAUGCCGGACCAUUACAGUGACUCCCUCCUGAGCAGACAGACCAAGAGAAGACGAGUGGACAUUGGCGUGAAGAGGACUGUGGGCAGCAACGCCGCCAACGCAGCAGCCACAACCAGCGCCGACAUCGCCCGUGCCAAAGCAGCCAUCUUCGGUGCUAUGAACUCUCUCAACUCCUACCACCAUGGCUCCGAUGCAGACUCCAUGGACUGCUCCAUGGUGCAGCCGCACGGCCACGCCGGGGUCGUCACAGCAACCGACAGCGAGUCCAAGUCCAACGUGCUCCGGAAGCUCCUGAAGAGAGCCAACUCGUAUGAAGACGCCAUGAUGCCCUUCCCGAGUGCCACUAUCAUCUCCCAGCUCCUCAAGAGUAACAUGGCCAAGAACGGAGGAGGAGAGAGAGGGGAGAGGGGGGAGAGAGGAGAGAGAGGGGAUGGGGAGUUCCCCAGGUCGGGCCUCUCCAGUGGGGGUUCCGAAGCUCCCCAGGAGGACGCAUGCAGUAAUUCGUCCCAGGACAGCCCCCAGGAGUGCCUGUUCCCCUUUGGCCGUCCCCCGGCUCUGGGCGCCUUCGACCUGGAGCGCCUCAACGACGAGCACCUCCGGGCCAAGCGCGCCCGCGUGGAGAACAUAAUCCGGGGCAUGAGCCACUCGCCCAGCGUGGUGGUGCCCACACGCCACCUCGGAGAGCGGGACCACGAACUGGAACAACGUGAACGGGAGAGGGAGCGAGAGAUGGACGCUGACAGGGACAGAGAGAUGGAGAUGGACUGCCCCCCACAGCCGCCCAGCCCCAGGGGAGAAUUGUGCAGCCGGGAGAACAAAAGGAAGCAGCGCCUUCCCCAGCAGCAGCAGCAGAGCUUCACCCAGCUGGUGUGCCAGCGUAAAGAGCAGAAGCAGGAGGAGCGCAAGCAGCUGAAGCUGCAGCUGGAGGACAUGCAGAAGCAGCUGCGCCAGCUGCAGGAGAAGUUCUUCCAGAUCUACGACUCCACAGACGACUCAGAGCACGACCUGGCCCAUGACCUGGGCAACAUGUCUGAGGACAGCGCCGGGAGGUCUGAUGCUGGGGGAGAUGAUCGGACACACCGUUCCGACAAUGAGAUGUCAGACCAGGAUCCGGGACACUUCCUGGACCGGGCAAGGGCGUUGCUCCAGGAGCAGGCCCUGCUGGCUGAGGGGGAUAAGCUCAGGAGAGAGGUGCUUGUCCGGGGGAAAGGUCCUGGUCAGGGCCCCUCCUCCUCCAUGCAUCAUGCAGAGGGCAAGCUGCUGGCUGAGACGCUGAAACAGGAGCUCAACUCGGCAAUGAACCAGGUGGUGGAAACAGUGGUCAAGGUGUUUACCAAGCCCCCGCACCCCACACCCCCCCAGGUCUUCCCGCCCCUCCCCAUGCCCCCAGAGAGGUUUGGUGUCAACGGCAAGGGCUCCAACCUCCACACAGCCAACCAGCGCCUGCAGUGCUUUGGCGACGUCAUCGUUCCCAAUCCCCUGGACUCAUUCGGCGGCAUACCUGUGCCCGGCGCCAAUGACCAGACGGAGGCGCUGCCCCUGGUGGUGAGGAAGACCCAAACGGAGCACCAUCACCAGUCCUCAGCCGUGGGCGCCCACGGGGGCCAUCACCACCCCUCCCUACACCCCUCCUCCCUCUCUGCCUCCAUGGGCUUCAGCCCCCCUUCUUUCCGCCACCCCUUUCCCCUGCCUCUCAUGGGCUACCCCUUCCAGAGACCUCUGGGCCCACCCUCCGGGGGUUACCCAGGGAAGGACCGCUCCUCCCCAGACUCCAUUGACCUGUCCAUGGAGACCACCAGCCUGCGGACCAAAAUGUCAUCAGGGCACCACAUGGGGCACCACCACCGGUCGCUCUCUCCGACCCACCCCAGGAGCACCGCAGAGGGGCUCUCCCUGUCCCUCAUCAAGUCAGAGUGUGGAGACAUGAGCGACAUGAACGACAUCUCACCAUACUCAGGCAGCACCAUUCAGGAGGGUCUCUCCCCCAACCACCUGAAGAAGGCGAAGCUCAUGUUCUUCUACGCUCGUUACCCCAGCUCCAACAUGCUCAAGAUGUUCUUCUCCGACGUCAAGUUUAACCGCUGCAUCACGUCCCAGCUCAUCAAGUGGUUCAGUAACUUCCGGGAGUUCUACUACAUUCAAAUGGAGAAGUUUGCCCGGCAGGCUAUCAACGACGGUGUCACCGGGGUGGAGGAGAUGAGCGUCAGCCGCGACUGCGAGCUCUACCGAGCCCUCAACAUGCACUACAACAAGGCCAAUGACUUUGAGGUUCCAGAGCUGUUCCUGGAGGUGGCUAUGAUCACGCUGCGUGAGUUCUUCAAUGCCAUUGUGGCGGGCAAAGACGUGGACCCAUCCUGGAAGAAGGCCAUCUACAAGGUGAUCUGCAAGCUGGACAGCGAGGUGCCCGAGGUCUUUAAGUCGCCCAACUGUCUCCAGGAGCUCCUACACGAGUAACCAAUUACGACCUGCCUCCGCCCCCUGCCCCGACGCUUUGUACUUUUUAUUUUAUUUUGAUAGGAUUUUAUUUUUUAUUUUAUUGAUUUCUUUCUCAGAUUUUCCUGCUUUUUUAAUGUAUGAAGUAUGAAGUUGCAUUCCUCCCGAUCUGAAGCCUACUGGGCUGUUGAAAUGAUCUAGCUAUUGUGUUGUUGUUAUUAUUAUUAUUAUUAUUAUUAUUAUUAUUAUUAUUAUUAUUAUCAUGACUAUGAUUAUUAUUUGUUUUUUAAAUGAUUCUGCUGAUCUGAAGAGAGACUUUGAUCCUAUUGGGCAGGGGUGUCAAACUGAUUUGAUGGAGGUCCUAGUGUCUGCAGGUUUUUGUUUUUUCCUUUCAUUUCAGCCCUA